AUGCAGCAUAUAUUAUCACUUUUUAAGCUUCAACCACAAGCACGUGAUAGAAGUGGACAAAAUUUCCUGCUGUUGCUGUUGACUUCUCUGUCAUUUGCCACAACUCGUGUUGCUGUUUUAGAUAUGCUCACGAUUUAUCGGAAAUGUUUUUUGUCUUUUUUAUGUCUACCAAGUGUCGUUGUUUGCAUCUUAAAUCGAACUUGA